AGUGUUAAAGCGGUUUUAAAUCUUUUGUAGCCCUAUAUAUACCCCAUCCAGUAAUGUAUCUUCAGCAAACAAACACUUAGCACAUAGAUGGCUAUUCCUGUGAUAGAUUUCAGCACUCUCAAUGGAGACAAAAGGGGUGAAACCAUGGCGCUUUUGGAUGAAGCUUGUCAGAAAUGGGGUUUCUUUCUGAUUGAGAACCAUGAAAUUGACAAAAACCUGAUGGAAAAGGUGAAGGAGCUAAUUAAUAUUCACUAUGAGGAGAACCUGAAGGAAGGUUUCUACCAGUCCGAGAUAGCAAAGACCUUGGAGAAAAAACAGAACACCUCUGAUAUAGAUUGGGAAAGUGCCUUCUUCAUUUGGCACCGUCCCACUUCCAACAUUAAGAAAAUCCCAAACAUCUCACAGGAGCUUUGCCAAACAAUGGAUCAGUAUAUUGACCAACUCGUUACGCUGGCAGAGAAGUUAUCUGAGCUUAUGAGUGAAAAUCUUGGUUUGGAGAAAAACUACAUUAAGGAGGCAUUUUCUGGAACAAAUGGACCUGCUAUGGGAACAAAAGUGGCCAAGUACCCUCAAUGUCCACACCCUGAACUGGUUAGAGGACUUAGAGAACACACAGAUGCUGGUGGCAUCAUCCUAUUGCUCCAAGAUGACCAAGUGCCUGGCCUAGAAUUCUUCAAAGAUGGCAAGUGGGUGGAGAUUCCACCCUCCAAGAACAAUGCCAUUUUUGUGAACACAGGUGACCAAGUAGAAGUGUUGAGCAAUGGCUUUUAUAAAAGUGUUGUGCACAGGGUCAUGCCUGACAAAAACGGAAGUAGACUCUCCAUAGCCAGCUUUUAUAACCCAGUUGGUGAAGCCAUUAUUUCCCCUGCUAACAAACUCUUAUAUCCAAGUAAUUAUCGUUAUGGAGACUAUUUGGAGCUAUAUGGCAACACCAAGUUCGGUGAAAAGGGUCCCAGAUUUGAAUCUAUCAAGAAUAUGACCAACGGGCACUGCAAUCUUAAACCUUGAAUAAAGAUCAAACAUAUACCCUUCAUUCUAGUUAAUUUUACAAGUCAUGUUUUUCGCGUUCUCCUUAAAAGUAGUCAAGAAAGAAAUACGUAACAUAAGUUUUUUUUUUUUUUUUUUAUGGUUUUAAUAUCAAUAAUAACAAAGAAGAAAACACAAGUUUUUUCUUUAUCUA